AGCAAUCUCAUAUGGAAAAUCAAGUCCCCGAACCGAAUUGUAUAUUGAGAGUAAAUGGUUGUUCAUGCGAUGAAUGUUGUUUGAAGUUGAGGACGCUUCUCUUAAAAGUUGAUGGAGUGGAGUCCGUUGGCCUAGAUGGAGAAAAGAGAUGGGUCCUACUAAGAGGAGAUGCAGACCCUAUAAAGCUUCUAGGUGCCCUUAACCUUAAGGGCAGGGAGGCUGAAAUAAUGUACUACUGCAAGCUUGAGCUCAGAGACAUUAAUACUACUCCAGAUUACCACGCCGCCGCCGUGAAAACACCACAGCCCAACUCCGCCGAGAAAAAAUCAGGUCACCGCCGGCGGCCACCGAAAUGCCGGCUGCAUGGCAGCGAUGAUGAUGAUGAGGAGGAGGAGAAUGUACUGUAUUCCGGCCACGUGCGUGAGAGUUAUGUGGCGGCGGUGCCGCCUCAGGCGGAGGAGGUGGCGGUGCAUGCUCGUAAAGAGUGUUCGGUUCCCGAUUGCCCUUUCCAUGACUGUUAUUUGAAGAGUUUAGCUCCGCCGCCGCCGGCGGCCAAUAAUUAUGGGUAUAUGUUGAGCCCGUAUUACGGCUUUCAGCAGCUGCCGCCGGCGCCGUGGGGGUAUGGGUACGGCCGGUAUAGUAUGAUGUAA